AUGGCAGCUGAGGCAGAAGCCAGGGCUGCUCAGCUGAGACACCCCUCCCCGCCCCAACCCUGCACCAUCACCUCCCAUACAGGGGCCUCCAUCGACUACGAGCAAACGUCAGCCACAUACAGCCACGACAAGGCUCGCUCUUACUGGAACUGGAUCCGGCUGUGGAACUAUGCGCAGCCCCCGGACGUGAUCCUUGAGCCCAACGUGACGCCUGGCAACUGCUGGGCCUUCUCGGGUGACAGAGGCCAGGUGACCAUCCAACUGGCCCAGAAGGUCUACCUGUCCAACCUGACACUGCAGCACAUCCCCAAGACCAUCUCACUGUCAGGCAGCCUGGACACUGCCCCCAAGGACUUCGUCAUCUACGGCAUGGAAGUUUCCCCAAAGGAGGAGGUGUUCCUGGGGGCGUUCCAGUUUCAGCCCGAAAACACCAUUCAGAUGUUCCAGCUCCAGAACCACCCUCCCAGGACUUUUGGAGCAGUCAAGGUGAAGAUAUCGAGCAACUGGGGGAACCCACGCUUCACCUGCCUAUACCGAGUGCGUGUGCACGGCUCUGUGACUCCACCCAGAGAGCAGCCUAACUAG